CACGAGAAUAUAACCUUUGUGACAAAAAAUAUAUUAAUUACAAUUAUGGACAUCUAACAAAAAAGAAACAUCGUAAACGCAAAUCUACAUCGACAUCACCAUUGCUUCCUUCCCUACAAACACCACGAUCACUAUCUUCUUCUCCUUCACAAACACCAUUUAGUGUGGAUUAUAGUUACGAUGAAGAGGAAUCACCAAGAAAAAGGAUAUGCAUAAGAUGUCAAUUCACUGUACCUGAUUAA